UUGUCUUCUUCCAUAUGCGGAACCCCGGUUGAAGAGGGAAGUUCAGUUUUGUUUUCAUCGAGUCACAAAUAGCUUUCCUUCUUCUCCGAAGUAAUAAAGAAUGAUUGGAUACAGUUGACUUCUGCUCCGUGGAGAUUUUAGUCUAAUGGCUAUACGUCUCAUUUACAGCUCCUCAGUAAAUUUUCAUUGACAAGCAGCCAAAUGUCUGAGCAGCAGCCACUGAGCCAGCCCCUGCAAACUGAAGAGCCAUUGCUGAAUGACCAGGAGAUGCAGUUCUGGCUGGACAAAGCAGUGGCAUGGGGCCAGGCUGACAGUCCGGACACGCAGAAAGACACCUGCCUACAUAUGAGCAGACUCAGGGAUUUCCUCCAGCAGCUUCUCACACAAGUGAACAGCAUGAGCUCAACAACAGAAACCAUGAAGAGGCUGCCCUUCUUAGGCCAGCUUUUGGGCCGGCUGUGCUGGAAUCCUUAUGUCACUGUGUGUGAUACAAGCAGAGGGCUGCUGCUUGGGUGUCUUUGGGAACUGUACUCAGAGCGUCCAAGCAAUGCUGUGGAGCAAAAAGCCAACCAGUGGAUACGGAAAGUGUUGUGUCAGCUUUCCACAGAAGAAGAAGACACUGCAGCACAAGCGUUAAUGAAGUGUACGGGUGUACCAGCUAAAGAGUACCACCUUAAAGUCCUGAGAAAGAAGGUGGCGCUGCUGCAGGAAAAUGUUGGACAAAGCUGCACAUUAUUUAACAGUCAGAGGUGUUCAUGUGACAGGAUUGUGGCUAUAUCAGAGGCAUGCAUCCCCAUUGUCGCUUGUCCCGAGGCAUCUUCUCUCAUUAGUCUAUUGCUACAGCGGCCGGUGGCUUGUGUCACAGAAGUUCUCAGUGAAGACUUUCUGGAUGCUUUGACCUCUGCUUACUCAAGGCAGGGUUUGGCAUUGGAGGAGCAGGCCUUGGUAUCUCUGUGGUAUCACAGCUUCUCCAGCCUGGAAGAAGCAGUCCUCAGUCUGUUGCAGUCUGUUAUAACUACAGGGUUAACACCACAGAAGCUAGAGCAACAAGUAGCACAGUCACUGCUGCCUAAAGCUUGUGCUCAGCACUGCUCAGUAUUCUUGGUUGUAAAUGACAUCUUUAGGUCCGCCCUUAAGCAAGCUGAAGGAAAUGAGUUUGUUAAGGCUCUGGUCCAAACCUUUACCAAGUGUUUCCUGAAGGAACUGGCGCUGCUGAAGCCUCAGACAAGCAUAUCUGUGAAAGCCUUCUUCCCACAGUCGCCUUCAAGUCUGCUGGUUCCCCUCUUGACGAUGCCAUCAGAGAUGCCUCAGGGGGCUUGGAGAAAUCACCUGAACUGGCUGAGCAGCUCAUUACAGAGACUGACAGAGGAGGAAGAGGAGGGAGACGGAGACGGCAGAAGCACCAGGGGGCACCACAACGUGUUUGAGGCCUGGUUCCUGCUGGUUCAGUGUGCCCACUGGGUACAGGUGGCUGUCCAGCUGCUGGUCACAUCUGGGACUGAAGAUGGUGAUCCCUUCCUAUGGCUGUUGAUAUUCUACCACUACCCCACCAACAGGUGGCACCACAGAGCUUCACAGCUGGCACGGGCCAAAGAAGCUUGGAACCACAUACGCACUCUUUUCUCGGGCGCAGCUCAUCCUCUUCCCAGCGACCGCCUGCAGUCACUGGUCACGCUGGUUUCACCACAACCUGAGCAGCAAUCACUUGCUCCAUCAUUGACUGUCAGCCUUUUGGUUAAUGUUGCCGUUUUCUGCCAGCUAUCACCAAGUGGCUCAGCAGAGGUUUUACAGGCGGUGGUGGAUCAGUCUGGUCUGCUUGAUGAAGCAGCAUGUGUUCUCAGCUCACUGGAGCUCAGACUAAACGAAGGAAGCUGUUUAUCAAGAGACACAGUUCAUCUAAGGAUCAAGGAACUUCAAAAGACGAUAACGCAAAUGCAUUCAGAUGGGACAUAAGGCCACAUCAAGUUCCCUCCACGCUGAGCUUCCCUCCAGGUGUAGCCCAUCUCCUGUAGCUCUGCCGCAACAUUUCUCCUCCAGGUGGUAUGGAGUCUGCCCGGCUGUAAUAAGUGUCUCGGAUGUGUAAUUUACAUAUAAAAUCAGUGUAACAGGCAAGAGUGCCUGUCUAAUCUUCAGAUUCUCUCUGUUUUGUCUCUUGAACAAAAGCUGUACACAGAUUUUUACCAAAAAAUCAUUUUAUUUUAACAUAAACAGCAAAUACAAAAAAUCAACUAUACACAAACAGGUUUGCCGUUAGUAUCUGCAGAGCAGCACAUGUAGAAAUGCCCUGAGAGUUGCCCGUUUCAAUACAGGCUGCAGUGAAUUCGUUAAAACAAAACCGAAAAAACUCCAAAAACAUUACUCACCUCAAAGAAUUUCCAGUCUAAACUCCAAAGAACCGAAUCGUGACUUUAGACUAAACAGACAAGAACUCACACUUACACGCACACCUACACAAAGACACUAACAGCAGCUCAGCUUGGAUGGACAUGCAGUGACUUUUCCUUGAAAUAUGUUUAAGUUUUUGUUUUGUUUUUUUACAUAAUUAUUUCUUUUCUAUUUUCCCUUUCCACACCAACAAUAUCUCAUAAUGAACAGAUUGUAUAGUUAUGGGUUACAAUUCACUUUUUCCCUUUUCAAUUCACUUCUUUUCCUACAUUUAAAUAGGAGAAUGAAAUUGGAUUAACUGACUGGUAAGAAAUCAGCAAACCGUCAAAAAUUGAGCCAGAUUUGACAGAUGAGGUUUAACGUUGUCCGUACAAAUAUUUUGUGUGUAACUGAGAGUCAUCUGAAGCUGUUAAUCAAUUUAUUAAUUAACCAAAUAUAUUAAAUUGUGCAGAACUGUCCAUUUUACUGGUUAACAAUUUCCUGUCACUGGCAUUGUACAUUAACCCUCUGAGGUCCAUGUUGCAAUUAGUUCUAAAAAGCACACCACUUUCAAAGAUGCAUAAAUGCAUUGAGUUGCUGUCAUAUGAUUGGCUGAUUAGAAAUCUGCAUUUAGAAGCAGUUGAAUGGGUGAACCUAACAAAGUGGCUGUCUUGGCCAUCAUGGAAUAAAGACUAUAGAGACUAUACAGACCCAUCACACAUUAUGUCUUAUUUUACACAAAUAUCUGUUUCUUUCUUCAUAUGAAGGGAUUGGGAUUAACACCUUUGAUAACUCAGUCCUCAGAGGGUUAAUAAAAUAUGAAUAAUUACUUCAGCCGACCAGCAAGCAUACCAACAUUCAAGCCUCCGGCUGACUAAUUGUGCACAUAUCUAGCACAUACCAGCCAUUUCUUAGACUUGAAUGAACAGAACUGCUGUGCUCUAAACUUUGCCAGUUGGCCUUAGUUGCAGAGCAUGAAUGCAACCCUCUGGUUUUCACACUGCUGAGCUAUUCUGCACCAUCCAGGCAAAAGAGCAGGUGAGUGCUGGACUCUCGUACGGCUGCUGUGCCAAACUCCUGUCUCUCCUGUCUGUAGUCAGCAACCUGGAAGAAAAUGAAGAAUAUGUUCACACAGGAGCCUUACAGAACAUUUGGUAGAUGCUUACAAUGCUCUAACGGGUUAUCUAUGUGCUGUGAAGACAAACACAGAAUGCAGGUUUUAGUCCAGUCUAAAGAAUCCAACGCAGGUGUCAUUGGCUAAGAUGCAGAACAUACAAGUAGAAAAUAUUUCAGAAUUAAAUAAAACAAAUUUUUAUAUCCUAAAAAGACAUUUUUCCGUUUGCUCUCAAUGUCACCACGUUCAAAAUCCAAACUAUUCAACAAAAACAAUGACAACAGUAAAUUUAAAGUGUUAAC